UUCCGCGAGGAAGGUUGAGGCGCGGGGCCCAGCCCGGAGACUUCCGGUUCCCUCUCGGGUUCCCGGCUGCCGUCGCCAUGGAGGAGCCUGAGAUGCAGCUCAAGGGGAAGAAAGUGACAGACAAGUUCACUGAAAGCGUCUACGUCCUGGCCAACGAGCCGUCUGUGGCACUGUACCGGCUGCAGGAGCACGUGCGCCGCUCCCUGCCGGAGCUGGCCCAGCACAAGGCCGACAUGCAGCGCUGGGAAGAGCAGAGCCAGGGCGCCAUCUACACCGUGGAGUACGCCUGCAGUGCUGUGAAGAACCUGGUGGACAGCAGCAUCUACUUCCGCAGCAUCGAGGGGCUGCUCAAGCAGGCCAUCAGCAUCCGGGACCACAUGAGUGCCACCUCGCAGGGCCACCGGUAGGGCCGGCGCUGUCCGCCCAGCCAGGAGCCAUCGCUUCCUGCCCCAAGACUUUGCUGUCCUCCUCGCAGGGCAGCUAGUGGUCUCCUCCUGGCCUUUGGCAUCAGUGACACUCAGAGCCCGAGUUGUGCUGUGUGCUGGGUUCAGAGCUGGGGCCAUAGCGGUGACGAGGACAGGCAGGUGCACGGGGACACAGCAGCUGAGGAGCCCACCAGGGACCAGAGCAGUUCGGCUGGCUGCCAGGGAAGUAGGGGACACGCAAGCGCCAGAGGCAGAGGCUGAUCUGUAGACCUGCAUGUGACCGCAUCAUGUUGGGGGCAGAGGCAGCAGGAGGGGUGUGGGGGACAGAUUGGCCAGGCAAGGACUGAGGAGAGCUGGGGUCGGAGGUGGGCAGGGCCCUGGGGCUGAGGCACCGGAGCCCAGGCCCAGUGACCUGGGAGUGAAAAACACUACCUUCACACGCAGGAGGAGCCUUUUCUCUUUUUGUCUUUAUUAGAGCUUUAUUUCAGGUUUUUUGAACCAGGGUGGGGCAGUGUAGUUCAGGCUGGUAUUGAGCUUACAGCAGUCUUCCUGCCUCAGUCUCUCGGGUGCUGAGAUGACCGGUGUGGGCCUCCGUACCCGCCCUCAUUAUAACUGAAUAAAUGCACACCUAAGCA